UUGAAGCAGUUUGAUCAGUCGACGCUUGUUAGUCGGAAGGGCUCCCAGUCUACCACACCACCAUUGUCGGUCAAGGGGAUCGGAGGGAAAGUUGCGAAACCUGAUUACUCCGAGUCGAAGAUCGUAUUGGCCAUGGUCGGCCUUCCUGCUCGGGGGAAAUCGUAUCUGAGCAAUAAACUUAUGAUUUAUCUCAAGUGGCUUGAGUACGAUGUCAAGGUCUUCAAUGUCGGACAAUUGCGCCGGACGAGAGCAAGGCAAAAGGCGCAACAGAGUGGGAUCAAGGAGGAUCAUACUGCGAAUUGGUUCAACCAUACGAAUGCAGAGGCCAAUCAGUCGCGGGAACAGUUGGCUCAGGACAGUCUCGAGAUGCUGAUACAGUGGUUGAAGGAUGGAGGGAAUGUUGGUAUCCAUGAUGCGACGAACAGUACUCGCAGACGAAGAGCCAGCAUCGAAGCCCGCGUCGCAAAAGAGAAAGGCAUCCACCUCAUCUUCCUUGAAUCCCUCUGCGACGACCCAGCCGUCAUUGCUGCUAACGUCGCACUCAAAGUCAGCUCCGGAGACCCCGAUUACAAAGAUACCUCGCCCGAAGUAGCCAAGCGGGAUUUCCUCAGGCGCAUAAGCGAAUACGAAAAGGUGUACGAAACGAUAACGGAGCCUCAUUUGUCGUACCUCCAAAUUGUAAACGUGGGAAGUAGGGUGACGGUUUCGAGGAUCCAUGGGUACUUGCAGAGUCGGAUUGCGUUUUAUUUGAUGAACUUGCAUUUGAAGCCGAGGAGCAUAUACCUUUCGAGACAUGGAGAAAGCCAAUUUAACGUGGAAGGCAAGAUUGGGGGUGAUUCGUUACUCUCGCCGAGGGGUAUGGAGUAUGCGGAUGCUCUGCCAGCCCUGAUUACCGAUAAUAUUGGAAACGCGCCUUUGACUGUGUGGACGUCGACGCUGAGGCGGACUAUCCAAACCGGUAGCAAUCUUCCGUAUACGAAACUUACGUGGAAAUCUCUUGACGAGCUUGAUGCUGGUGUUUGUGAUGGUAUGACUUAUGAGGAGAUUGAGCAAGCCUACCCAGAUGACUUUGCUAACCGCGACGAUGACAAGUUCAACUACCGUUAUCGCGGUGGCGAAUCGUAUCGCGAUGUCGUGGUCCGUCUGGAGCCUGUUAUAAUGGAACUGGAACGCCAGCAGAACGUUCUGGUAAUCGGGCACCAGGCUAUCUUGCGCUGUUUAUACGCGUAUUUCCACCAUCUUCCACAAGAGGAUCUGCCAUAUAUCAAGAUACCGCUGCAUACGGUGAUUAAAUUAACGCCCAAGGCGUAUGGAUGCGACGAAGAGCGAUAUGCGCUUCCCAUUGCGGCUGUGGACACGCACCGACCGAAACCGAACACUACGGCUCCGGUUGUGCAGCCUACGACGGCGAGGCAGUAUUUUGCGGGAGAGAAGGAUUAG